AUGAUAAAUACAACUGAUAAAAACACAACUGAACCAAAAGUAGUAUGGAAUUUCUCGAAUCGCAAUUUAGCUGAAGAAGAGCUUCGUGUAUUAGAAAAAGGAAUGUCUUACAACCAUUCUUGCACAGUGAAUCGCUCUAAAGUAAUCUCCAAUGUUGAAUAUUUAUUCCAUCAGGCUUCUAAAAUUCCAAAAGAAUCAAUUGACUUUAAAAAAUGGGAUGAAGAUCCUGAUGACAUUGCAAAUAAAGAAAUUCGAGUUUUGGAACCAAAACAACUAUCUCUCGCAGCAGAUUUAAAAAGUACAACAGAAAAAUUCUUCCAACAUGCACAAAUGUCAAUUAAGAUGAGAAAAGAUAAAAAUUUAAAUGGAAAUCAUGAUGACAAAAUAUUAUUAAAGUUAUCCAAAGAUCUAUCUAUUUUAAUUACUAAACCUGAUAAAGGUCGUGGUGUCGUAAUACUUGAUCGUAAUGAUUAUAUUGAAAAAUUAGAAAAAAU